GGAACUUCUGAACGGAACGCGAGUCGAGCGUUAGUUAACGGAAGCUUCCCAGCCUCACGCGGUGGGCGGUUGCUCUGGCGAGGCUCGCCUUCUCUCUUCAGCCCUGCCAAUGCCUGCCUUCCUGCCCUUCCCCCGCCGGGAGGAAGCAGGCAGGUUCCCCCUCACCCUCGUUCCCCGACAUUCUUGACAGCUUUCUUCCUCUCCGCUCUCGGGAACCGUCUCCGUGACGGCGAAAGGCUCGGUCUCCUUCAUCCCUGUCGCUCCCUUUCUCUCACAGAGGCUGCUCCACAGCAGCUUCUCCGUCUCCCUCCUUCACUUUGACAGGUCGUGGGUACAUACGCGCGAGGCAGUUCCUGUUCUCACAGACCUGCUGGAAUAGUCACUCUAGACCCGCAUAAAUCCCGACGGGCUGAGGAAGGGUGGGAUAUCAACGCAACAAACGAAUAAACAAAUGUAAAUCGGUGGACAAAAAGGGGAAAGGAGCGGGCAAACAGUUUUUUAUUUCAGAUAAAUGCUUUAUUGAUUUGUAGUACAGAGGAUUCUCCUACACAAGAGCAAAAUCUACUUAUAUUCAGAUCAAUUCUGCACUUAUUAGUCAACAGCUUUGGGAAUGGAAGUAGGCCAAGUAAUUAUUAGUGCUAUUAAAAAGCCCAAAAAAAGAGGUACCAGGAGUAAGAAGAAAAGAUUAACAUUUGAAGAUGAAAUAAAUGUCACAAAAUCUGAAGAGGACGUAACAUCAAAAAGUUCAGAACAAAUAAUUACAGCAAAAAGCACCAACUUUCUAGCAUUUGGCUUUAUCCUCAUUAAAAGCUUCUCUCAGAAGGGUUCAGAUAUAGUUGGAGCAACCUAUAACAGCUGGAGUAAAAGACUGGUUUUGGCAGAUGGCAAAGGAUUUUUCAGCUUGGAUUUGCGUUCUUCUAAUUGUAAUGUUAGAAGAGAGCUAACUUUUGAAAAGUAUCAGUUCAGCAUGGCAAGAAUCAUCAUUUAUGCCGAAAAAUUCAAUGUGUAUUUUGUGCUACAAAAAGAUUAUGUUAUAAAGGUUCAUAACAAAGACUAUACUGAGAUUUGUUCGGUAGAAAAUGCAGGUUCAGGACGGUUAACAUUUAUAUCAUUCAACCCCAUGAGAGAUGAACUUAUCAGUGGAGGAAUCAAUGGAGUAAAGACUUGGAAGUUUAAAGAAAAGAAGAUUCCAACUCAUGCUAAUCCUGUUCCAAUGUACAAUUACAGCCUUUUCCCCAGUACAGAAUAUCCAUACAUGGGGAAAAAGUGGUGUACAAAUAUGGAUUUUGAUGUCAUUAUGCAAAGAUACUACUGCUUUUCUGAAGGUCACUUCUUCUGCUACGACAUCAAUGGGAAAUUGCUACUUGAGAUACUAAAUGCCCACCAGACUGCUAUUCUCUCAUGUAUCUACUCAUCUGAUGUUAAAAUUUUACUUACUUCCUCUAGAGGCAGUGAAAUAAAAUCUUGGAAUGAUCAAGGCUGCUUGUUGCAUAUAUUUCAAGGACAUUCUAAAACUGUCACAAAGCUUCUACUGCAUCCAAAUACAGCUUCAUUAUUUAUCUCUGGGUCACUAGAUGGAUCAAUCAAACUCUGGUCAUUUGAUACAAUGGACAUUUUUUAUAGCUUAUCACCAUUCCAAGAAGGAAUACUAUGGAUUGGUACAGUGGAAGAUAAAUAUCUAUACUGUUGUUCUGCCCGCAGUCUUCAUAUAUUCAAUUUGAACACCUUUACCAGCUUUUGGACUCGUGUCAAUAGUCCAAUAAGUGAUAUGUAUGUCUGUGGUGCUGAUGGGAAGUCGAACAGGGUGAUUGCCAUGGGUACUGACAACAGUUUAAGGAUAUACUCCCUUCAUAGUGGGACACGAUUAUGCACAGUUCUGCCACCUCCUUAUCCCCCUCUAAUCCAGCCAAUUAUACACUUUACUUACAACCAAGCUAGUGGAACUAUUUACUUUCUCUUGACACCGUGGGAUAUAUGGGUCUACACAGCAAGAACUGAUCCUGCAUGUCGAACAGCAGUGUGGACCAUUGGAGAGCUACAGCAACACCUGUAUAGAAAACACCCCUUAGCCUCCUGUGUUCAGAAGAAUGAAUAUUUUCAGCAUACUCGAAGAAGAAAUUUUAGGACACCAGCAAAAUGCGAAUGCCUCUGCAGCUUGUCUUCACCAUUGUGCUACUUGACAGAUGAAGGAAUGGUGUAUGCAGAUAGUCAGGAAUUUCUGGUUCUUGGUAUGCAGGAUGGAAGAGUAUUGUUUCUUCAUACAUCAAUACAGAAUUUGGUAUAUUAUGAGCUGAUAGCCUACAGAGAUCCAGUUAUCCACUUAAAACAUGAUGUGGUUCACCAGGAACUCAUAAUAAUGUAUCAAAGAUCAAAAAGCAAACUGAUACACUUCAGAAGCUUGCCCGCUCUGGAGUUGGUCUUCCAAGCUGAAGUAUCAAAUGACACUCUGGUCUUUACCAGGCUGAACAGAUCACUAUUUGUUGGCCUGGCAUCUGGAACUGUGGAUAUUUUAAACAUUCUAAAUGCAGAUGAAGAAGCAGCGUUUUCUGAAAAAAAGUUGAAUAAUAGUGGGCAAAGUGAAAGAAUAUUUGCUUCAUCUUGCUCAGAAGACUGCCACAAUGGCCCUGUAGUAGCAGUUGAUUCUUGCAAGGAUCUUUCUGUCUUUUUAAGUUGUGGUUCAGAUUCCAUGGUAAAACUAUGGGAUAUGCAGAAGAAUCUAUUGGCUGAGAUCACCCUUGACAACACUUUAACCACAGCCUGUUUCCUGAAUAGUUGUGGUGACAUUUUACUGGCUUUCAAAAGUGAUCUGUAUUUCUUGUCUCACAGUAAGGCAUUGGGUAUAAUGAAACCCAUUGAUACUGCUACUAUUUCAGCAGCAGAAUCUUACAUUUUUGAAAGUCAGCCAACAGAGGAUGAAGAAAAAUAUGAUGUGCCCAAAUCAAUUGAGUUGGCAUCAUAUCUGGAACCUUACAAGGGAUAUGCUUUCACUGAUGACUUCACAUCAGAGCUGCAUGUUUUGCCAAAGAAGAAAGAAAAGCAAUCCUGGAGAUUGGCAAUAGCUCCCUCAGAGGUCUACUGUUCACCCUCUACUUCAGAAGCAUCUCUGAAGAUGUUUGAUUUCCUACUUCAUCCUGGAAUUCCCGACUUAGAAAAACAAGAUAAAGCAGAAAUGUCUGAAAGGAUGAUUGUGACAGAAGGCAGGAAAUAUGUUCCCGGACCAAUGUAUGUACCAUCUGCCAAGUGGGAAAUGCCUUUCUUUGGAGUUUCUCCAUGUUCAUCUCAAGUCCCUGAACAAUUUGGGACAAGAACACAAUCCCAGGAACAGAACGCUGAAGCAGAGAGUGAUGUAUCCACUGUGGAGCCAUUACAGGAAACUCAAAUUGAAAAGCAGCAUCCCAUCAGUGAAGAAACAUCUCCAGAAGUACCUGAAGUAAUACCUGAAAGUGUCUGCUCUUUGGACAGACUACCAGCCUUAGAGCCCAUAACAGAUACAGAUUCUAACAUUUGUGGAAAAAUAGAAGAAAAACAUUCAGGUGGAGAAAGGCAGUUCAGGAGUGUCAAGUUUGGCUCAUGGCAGUCUCCUCAUAGGGCAAGAUCCAAACCCUUGGAUGUGGUUGAAGUUCAGGAAACAAAGACGAAACAUGUGCCCAAAGAGCAUGUGCACAAGAAGCUCUUCAAAACAGAAAAACUGGUUCUCAAAAAGAUACGGACACCAAAACAUGCAAAACACUUUUCAGUGUCAAAGAGUGCUGUGAGAUCAAGAGAUACCAUGUACAUCCCAUAUUCCCGAGCAAGUCAUUCAGUUGUUUCUGUUGGAGGAAAACUAUUCCCUGGCCUUGAAACCAAGGCUUCAACAUCAGUUGGAAAAAGGCCCCUUUCAGGAAAAAAGACUGACCAGCAACAAAAUGAAGAUUAUGAAUCCCCUUAUGAAAAAGAUAUCAUAAGGGUGGUGGCCUGGAGGAGGAAACAAAAUGAAAGGAUUCGCCAAGCAGAGGAACGGCGCCUAUUGCUAGAACUUAGAAAAAGGCCGUGUUCCCGAAACCACUGUUUUACACCUACAAACUCUCAGCAAUAUCAAAAUCUGCAAUCUUCUGAAAACCUUUCUGAAACUUUGUUCACUUUGAUGAAGCCUUGGAUGAAACAACAUCACAGUCGUCCAUACACUGUGAUGGAAGAAACAAUUGUUAAUCUCCCUAGAGACUUCCCUUACAGGUUGGCUUGGGGAAUACCAACUACUGAAGACUUGGACAUAAAACUGUAUCACCCUAAAAUUAAAUUAAGUAAGGAAUUGAAACCUGGCAACCUGCCUAUAGAGAAAAAUAUGCAACCAACAAAAUCAAUCCCAGAUAAAGGGAGAUACAUCUUAAUGAAUGACCCAGUUUCAGCACCUUCUACUCCUGCGCUGAGUCCCCUGGAAAGCAAGCUACUUAGUGUCCGUUUCCCUAAGCAGAAGGAAAAGAUCCUUUGUUCUCUCAUCUCAAAAGUAUCUACAGGACAGCAAGUUUCUGAUGGUGCAAUUUCUCAUCUGUUCUCACACUUUCCUCCUAAACUUUAGUAGACUAAAUUCAUAUUGUUUGAAUGAGUCUCCAAGGAACAAAGCACCAAUAACACCAAUAUCUGAACAUUCAUACUGUAUGACUUAUUUUUAUGACAUACCACUUGCUGCUCUUCAUCAAUUCUCACUUGAAUAAUUCAUAAAUUAUUGUCAUCAACUCAAACUUAUUUACUAAGUAAGUAUUAAUGGACAGAGUACUACUUACAAAUAUAUUACUAAGCGUGUUAAAUCCAGAGAUUUAACUUGGCCAGCUCUUUCAUACACGUGUUGUAGGAAACCUGGGCUCCCAAUAAAAUCAUAUUCCCUCGUUA